AUGCAAAAACUUUAUCACUUGAGAAACAUCAUCCUUGGCUCAAUACUCGGAGUUACAAUAUUGAUGGGCAUAUUUUCUGUUAUGUUUGGAAUGGCCUCAAUAUUCUAUCAAGAUAAAUAUGAAUUUAAUGAGGAAAGAUUAUGUACAGUGAUAGAUCCGAGAGUGGAGUGUUAUCGUCAUUGUACAACAGGAGCUGUUGGAGAGGAGAAUUGUCUUGUUUAUUGUAAAGCAAUUGUGAGGGUACAUCCCGAUGAUGAUGUUGGAUAUUGUUUGGAUGAGCCUGAAUGUGUUCAUAAAUCUACUCAGCCUAGAAAUAGGACAACUUUGGAAUUUACUGAACAUGAUUCAUUCUAUGAGUAUGAUAUUCACUCGAAUGUAACGUGCUACUUGAAUGAGCAUCAGACAAAUGCUGCCUCUUAUCAAAUUCAUUCAAGUUUCAAAUCGAUUGCUAAUUUUGUUGCUAUUGGACUUGGUUUGAUUUCAUUGGUAUUUUUGGCUGUGUUUGUGAUUGGUUUCAUUUCUACAUUUAUUCAUAGAAUUUUGCCUCAUCAUUGGCAAUUUAAGGCACAUCAUCAACAUCACGAUGAAGACGAGGAUAACAAGAAUUUCCUUUAA